UUAACAUAUGAGAUAAAGGACAAUUUAAUUAAUCGAUAAAUGAAUGCAAGUCGAUAAAGACAAAAUGUACAUAAGCAUAAUAGUUCUUUAUGUGGUUCCUUACAUAAGUUCAGGAUUAAAGCCGAAUUAUGUUGAAGAAGAUAUGCAAUCAAUGUUCAACAGACCAGAUUUGAGAUGUCCUACGAAAUGUAAUAGAUAUCCUGCCAUACAUCAGAUGCAUUGUUGUAUCUGCCGUUCAAAAUCGGAUGUAGAUGAUCUUGGAAAUUUAACAAUUGAAUACAAAGAGGGUCAAUGUAAUUCCGAAAUUGUGAAUCAUGGAGGAAAACAUGAUUUUUAUUCGGUGUAUCAUCGAUAUGGUCAUCUAACAUUUCUACCAGGGAACAUUUGUAACUUUAAAGGAUUGUUUAUAAUUGAUCUUUCCUUCAAUAAUAUCACAAGUAUAGAAGAAAUUUCGUGCUUGAGAAACUUGGAUACUCUUCUUCUUCGUGGGAACAGCAUACAGGUUUUGAAUAAACACACAUUUUUGCAUAUGAAGUUCAUUCGUAUACUUGACUUAUCAUUUAAUAGAAUUGAUAUGAUAGACCCAGGGUUUCUCCUGAAAAUGAACGGAAGUUUAUUUUAUCUGAACUUAUCCUUUAAUAAGCUGGUCAAAUUAGAUAUAACAAAUGGAAUAGCUUCACGACAGCAGUAUUUUUGUGAGGCAAAUUACUCCCACAAUGCAAUAAAAACUGUAACAAAUGAACAAUCAUGGAAAUGUAAAGACAGUACGACACUCGGUCAUGGAGGUAUGGUGGUUUUGUCAAAUAAUUCUUUUACAUCAUUCUUUGAUGUGUAUAUGUUGAAGUUCUUUGGCUUUCAAAAUCUUCUACAAAUCGGAAAACUUAUCUACUACGGAUUUGACUUCAGAGAUAAUAAAUGGAAUUGUGAUUGCAAAAUAUAUCAGUUUGCUAAAGCUGCAGAACGAUUUGUGCAGGCAAUUACGAGGGAUUACUUUGACGUUAAAUGCUAUACACCAAAAUUAUUUAAAGAUAGGUCAAUUUUGACAAUUGUUAAAGAGCGCCAAUAUGAAAACUUGAUUUGUAAUUUGUCUUUAGCAGACAAAUGUCCACCAAGAUGUCGCUGCAUAUACCAGCCAGCAGUAAGAAACAGAACUGUAAUUGACUGUUCUAAUUCAUAUCGCACAAAGAUUCCACAUGCACUUCCUGAAUACAAAAGUUUAGAAGUCGAUUUAUCAAAUAACGACUUGUGCGACCUGCAAAACCAGUUCAAAUCUAAACAUACGAACACAUCCUACUUUGAACGUGUUCGUUUAUUUAAUUUUACAAACAACAAAAUUGAAAUUCUACCACGAUCUAAUUUGUUUCUCUUGAGGACUGCAGAAAUAGAUUUUAGGGGAAACACUAUUAAUUCCUUACAUAGAUCUCUUUCAGUAUUAAAUCCUUGUAACAUUUAUUUAGGAACUAUAAUAAUGCAAUGUGAAUGUGAUGAUAUUUGGUUGCAACAAUGGCUUCCAAAGGAGGAGUCUAAGUGCGCAAAAAAUUUGCAAGUACUAUGUAGAAAAGAGAAACAAUUAAUUUCCAUAAAGAAUAUGUCUAAGGAAGAUCUUGGGUGUAGAAUACCGAAUAAAAACAUCAUAGGGAUAAGCAUUUUUAUCGUCGCUGCGUUCGUUCUUGUAGUUUUACUGUCGGCAGUUAUAUAUAUCUUUCGAUUCGAGAUAUAUAUUAUUGGACGAAAAGUCAUAAAGAAUUGUAAUAGAAGUUCAUUUCCGUUAACUUUAUCUUACGAUGUGUAUAUUUCUUGCAAUGAAGAUGACGAGAAUAUUAGACUGUGGUUAUUAUCAAAUUUAUUACCAAAUCUCGAACAAAAAACGAUUAAGGUGUUUUGGCCCUGCAGAGAUAGUGUAAUAGGGUCAUUACGUGAACAGGAAAUAAUUGAGGUGAUGUCCAGUAGUCACUACUUUAUUAUUAUUUUGAGUGAAAAGUACAACGGACCUUUGCGUUGGAAUGAGAAAGAGUGGAAAUAUGCUUGGCACAAUUAUACACGUGAUCUACAUCGUGAAAUAAUUAUAGUUAACUAUGAUCUACUUGCAGCUAAUGAAAUUGCCCAAAAAUAUUUGGGAGCCUUUUUACGAAUUGGACAAUAUAUUGAUUUCUCUAAUCAUAAAAAAUCAAUAGAGAACGAAAUAGCGUCAAUGAUUGCAAAAAAUUAUAACAAGAUGGGGAAUUAUGCACGAGAAAACCGUGUCAUUGCUGAGAUCGAAGAGGAAAAAUUACCAUUUCUGAAAAAAUAUCCUUUGUAUUCAAAAUUAGUUUCAAGAUAAGUGUAGUACAGAAGUUUGCCAAUUUAAGAAACAUUGAGUUCAAACCAAUUUUUUGCUUAAUCUUUAGUUUUCCAUUGUUUACUAUUUUGUACUAUUCUCUCUGUUGGCAAUGGUGUUGUCUAUCUUCCAGUUUAAGUAUUUGAAUACUUUUUUUUAUCUGAAACAUAUGAUGUUUUGGGACCAUUGUAAUCUAUUGGAAUCAUUUUCUAAUCUGUAUCUUUACCGAUUGUGUACGAUUUCCGAGUUUGACUUUUAAACUGAAUGUGUAUUUGCAUGACGGGUGAUGUAUGCAUAGCAAUAGACGCAAACCCUAUCGACGCACCAUUCUUGUUUUUUUUAGUUCAUGCAAUUCCCCCAAUUUUGUGUUUUGCCUUGAUUUGUCUUCUUAUUCGAUUUGUUAUAUCUAAACAUAAGUAAACUAAUGUUGCCUUAAUCUAUGACGUUGCUUCUCAAAAUCAGCAUAAAACGACAGUAAGGUUAAGCAUUGACACAAAUUGAUUUCAGGAGAGAAUAGGAGAGAAGGAGUUUAUUAAUCUUAAAGUCCGUCCAUCUCUUAGUUUGAUCAUACCCUUGUUUUCUGUCCGAACGUGUUUUUUUGAUUGUAUGUUAAAUAUUUUUUGUAAGCAUUUUCUUAAUAUUUAUGUAUAAUUUUUAUUUUCUGAUAUUAUUAUGUUUUAUUGGAUUCUGCUUUUGAAGAAUUAUUUUUGUAAUAUAAAUGUAAUUGGUGAAUAUUAACGUCUUAAUCAGUUAAUUACCUAAAAGCUAAAAAAAAAAAAAUAAAUAAAAAAUCAGAAAAAAAAUCUUAUGCUUUUGUUUUAAUGCGAUAUAUAAAUAUUAUACGAAAGUUUUUAAAUGUAAUUGUUAUAAGUUUUGAAUAAAUCAAUCGUAGUUUCA